AUGGCGUCCGUGUUCAGUAUUGACGAUUAUUUUGCUAAAAUUAAUAAGUAAGUGUCUGUUGUUCAUAGAAUUUCAAGCAAAAAUUGAUAAAAUUGCAGUUUGGUCGACAUUUGUGAUUGGAAAACCGGCGACAAAAUCGCCAGAAGUUUGUCGUUGGACGACGAUCAUUCCCAGGCGCCUUUUUUGCAUGUAAGCACUGAAAAGGCGCGGAAAGUCAAUAAAAAUCAAUUUAGAUCGAAGCAUACGGCUCCCGGAAUCGUCGUUGCCGAAUUUCCGAGGAUGACGCGUUCGACGAGCUCGUCUGUUUGCAUCUCCACGUUCUCCACAACGUCCACGUCGCCAGAGACUUCAUCACCGCUCAGGGCACUCAGAUACAGGUUGGAUUUCAAAAAUUCUAAAAAAUACACUUAUUUGUAAGAUUCUCCUUUGGCUUUUACAAAUUCUCGGCUUUGCCGUAGUGUUCCGUAAAGUUCAACAAUUUUCGAAAACUUUUGAAAAACCAAAUAAAUUCUAGAUUUUCUCGGAUUUUUUCCAAAUUAAUUUGUAGAAAAUGUUCAAAUUCACAUUCCAGAUGAUCCAACUGUUCAACAAGGAGAUAUUGCAAAAGCGGAAAGACGAAAACUGGUUUCUGCCCGUUUUCUACCAUCUCUGCACCGAUUUGCGGUGGCUGAGCAAGCAGGCGGAGACGUGCAUUUCGGACGAGGACGAGGGCGAUUCGACCGCGAAUUCGUUCUUUGAAAGCGCCGCCAAAGCGAUCACCGAGUGUUACCGUACUUGUGUUUCGGACGUGUGAGUUGAACAUAGGUGUUUUGAGUUGAGCGCCGGCAUUUCGGGACACUCGAGUGAGAGGGGCCUGAUACGGAAAUUUCAAUCCGACCGCCAGAUCGGAAAAAUGUUGUGGCGUUUCUCAAACACCACGCACCUAUGGAGUCGAAAACAAUGCUAAAAGGUGGAAACUGUCUUUGUUUUCAGACACGCCGAAGCGGGGAAAUCGAAGAAAGUGGCGAUGCUAAACAUGACGAACCAACUCUUCCAGAUCUACUUUCAGGUACGUCUGCCAGUUUCCACAUGUUUCCCGAAACAUUGAUAUUCAGAUUAACAAACUGAACCUUCUGAAACCGCUAAUUCGGGCGAUCGACAACUGCGGAACCUUGUACAACGAGUUUUUGAUGGCCGACAAAGUGGCCUACAGCUAUUUUCUGGGCCGGAAGGCCAUGUUUGACGCCGAUUUGAACUUGGGUACAGUUUUGAAGAUUUUACUCGAAACUACGGCCAAGGCAAUAGAAACUCUUACGUUUUUCAGUGGAAAAUGGGCUUUGAACGAGUAUUGUAGAGUCAGGAAAUGUCAAAUCACUCUGUAGUGUUUUGUGUGAAACUUUCAUACAAACAUUUUUGAACUGAUUUGACACUUUCAAGGUCUACAAUACUUUUUUAAAGUUUACAACCAUUUUAACCUUAAAAAACGUAAGCAUUUGUUUUUUCAUUGGCCGCCAACUUACGCUAAUAUUUGCAGCCGAGAAAUCGUUGUUGUACGCGUUCCGCAACUGUCCGCGCGAGUCGAUGUCGAACAAGCGGAAGAUUCUGAUCUACCUGAUUCCCGUGAAGAUGUUCCUCGGCCACAUGCCGUCCGCCUCGCUCCUCCACGACUACCAUCUCGACGAGUUCGAGGAGGUCGUCGCGGCGGUCAAGGACGGAAAUCUGGCACAAUUGGACGCGGCUCUUGCCAACAAUGAGGCGUUUUUCAUCCGAUCCGGCAUCUUUUUAAUGCUCGAAAAGUUGCGGAUGAUCACAUUUAGGACACUUUUCAAAAAAGUGUAAGUUUUAUAGGCCACUGCACCUGAAAUCUAAAUUUUCCUGUGCUAAACCUAGUCCAUUUUCAGGAGCGCAAUAGUGGGAACCACGCAAAUCCCGCUGGACGCCUUCCAAACGGCCCUCCGAUUCGUGGGCGUCACCGACGUGGAUACGGACGAAUUGGAGUGCAUCAUUGCGAAUCUCAUCGCAUCGGUACCAGCUAAAACAGCCUAAAAUCCACGGGUUUUUGAUAUUUCCAGAAGAAGAUCAAGGGCUAUCUGUCGCAUCAGCACGGCAAACUGGUCAUCUCGAAGACGAACGCGUUCCCGACGCUUUCCGGCGUCUCGGCCACCUGA